CUGAGGACAACAACAACGACAUAAAAUCCUCGCCAUCACACCGGUCUAACUGGAAAAUUGCGGUAGCUUGCCUUUCCACUAUUUUUUAUACUGCCCCGCACGACAAGGACGAAAAUGAGUCCAUUCUUCGGAAAUGGCUCCUGAAUAAUGUGGAGUCUGUCGCUCCGGACAUUAUAGCUCGCCAUCAUGAACAGCUUUCGGGCCAAAUGUUGGUCGAUUUUCAAACUCCGACUUCACGCACGUGACGCUACUCCCUACGCCAUUGUCAUGACCAAUUUUCCCGUACCACUAUCACGUUGAAGCGCCGAAGAGGACCCUCGCAGUCACCAAGCUCAUAACGCAAUGAAAAAUACUGCAAUUACACAUCAACUCGAUCAAGGAAACGCUUCCCUUUCCCUAACACCUCAUUUUUCCAGAUAUUCACCACAUAAAGAUCCCCUUUGCUCUUCGUCAUCGCCGUCGCUGACGAUCAGCCCAUCUUACUACAAGCUUUCCGAUCUGAGGACGAGCAACACUUAUUUGUUCAUGCAACUCCAUGACAAUUCAUUCCGCCCUUACGACCUUCCAGGGUUUGACGUUGGGUCUAUGAAUGAAUGCAAAGAACCCGCAUGCCCCAUACUAGAGAUGACCUCUCAGUGCACUGACAAGUGUGUCGUCGUCGCCUGUAACGAUCCUACCCACCCUGAGCCCAGUUGCCACAUUGCAGACGGUGACAUGAUCUGCGAUAGCGCCUGUGUUCCUGACGAGGACUGCGGUGAUUGUUCUGGUCUUGAAGAAUUGCUGCAAUGCUGCACCGAUUAUCAUUCUUAUCUAUCCCAGCCAAAGUCCCUUGACCCAAGUCUCACACAGUUCAACUGGAACCCACAGUCAACAAAUGGUUUGUGUGGAUGCGACGAGAGCGACUACAGCGAACAACAUGUACCCCGAUUUUCUCCAGAAUACAGUACCAUAGCCCGGCCUUUGGGUAACGCUUCUCCCGAAUGUCUGGCGUCAUCUACUAGCUCAGCGUUUUCUUCACCCCACAUUUCCCAGGCAGCGACUCAGUUCACACCCGUUGGCCUGCCACAACACCUACCACAGUUCUCACCAGAUAUGUUUACUUGUUUGUGGGGGGACUGUAAGGCUACAUUCCCAUCUCUUAUGGAGCUAGUCGGGCACGUCAACUUGGACCAUCUCCGCCCUCCAAGUUUAACGAAGGAAUCAGCCCCUCAGCAGGUAUGCUCAGACGCUUCCCAGAAUCAACAAUUCGACACCAAUACUAUGUCGUGCCACUGGGGAGACUGUGUUAUGUUACCCUGUACAGAAUCAAUUUCAAGCUCUUCGACAACCGUGUUUACAGAUACUGUCCUUGACGCUCUUACUACACACUUGAUGCAAGAUCAUUUUGGUAUCAAUUACCCUUUCCCACAAUCGAUGAUGGCGCGCACGGCAUUACCACCGGAAAUUAUUCCCCAUGACGAAACAUCCACAGACGUCCCUCCCUAUCCUUCACCUCUGGACAAGUCUUAUCCGCCAGACUCCCCCUCCCCGUUCACAGACGCCAUCAAACCUUGUAAAUGGAGUGGGUGCACGCAAACAUUCUCUUCUCCUGAUGACCUUACAAACCACAUCCUCUCUGCCCACAUCGGCAGCGGUAAAGCACACUACGAGUGUUGCUGGGAGGGUUGCUCUCGGAAUGGGACGCAAGGAUUUUCAAGUAAACAAAAAGUCGCACGGCACAUGCAGUCGCACACAGGACAUAGGCCAUUUAAGUGUAAAAUAUGUAAUGCACAUUUCUCAGAAACAGCUACGCUGCAACAGCAUAUGCGGAGGCAUACCCAAGAGAAGCCAUACGUUUGUGAUUUUCCCGGGUGCGGCAAAGCGUUUGCUAUCACGGGUGCAUUGACGAUUCACAAGCGGACGCACAAUGGUUUCAAGCCGUUCAAGUGCAAGUUUUGCGAGAAGGCUUUCGCUGAGUCGUCGAAUCUGUCGAAACAUUUACGAACGCAUACAGGUGCACGCCCUUAUCCCUGUCCUGAGGGUGGGUGUGGAAAGUCUUUCGCGAGGCCGGACCAGCUUGCGAGACAUAUGGGUGUACAUAGAAAGAAGGACCCAGGACUGGGAAUGGAAUGAACACCUUGGGAUAAAAUGUGUUUAGUCAUUAUGUAUCUAUUAUGAAGAUAGUCCACGAGUUUUCGCAGUGGUGUCAAGCUAUUUAAGUUCACUUGAGCAAU